CCUCAUGGCCCAAGUUUCACUCCAACUCCAACUGAAUCUCACUGACUGAGGGACGAGUUGUAAGACAAGUAUACAUCUACUCUAUUGGAACCAUGAUGGAGGCUUUCAAACUCACUCUUGGUGACAACACCGUCUUAUCAGGGAUCCUCAACAUCCCCAUCCAACAGCUAUCCAGACCAAAGUACUGCCCGCUGGUCGUUGGCCUUCACGGCGGUUCCUACACCAGCCAGUACUUUGACGCCACACCAAGUUACACGGCCAGCCUGACAAGCAACUCCCUCUCGAUACCAUUCGUCGCUAUCGAUCGUCCGGGAUAUAACGAUUCAACUCCAGUUACACCGAUCCCCGAGGGUUCCAGCUUUCCCGAGGAAUGGGGAAUCCGGCUGCAUGAAUUCAUCCUCCCAGCGCUGUGGGCAGAGUUUGGGCUACCAAACGAGUGCAGCUGUAUCGUCUUGCAUUGCCAUAGCCUCGGUGCCAACGGUGCUAUUGUGGCAGCGUCUCUGCAUGCUGCUGCGUCUAAGACUUCGAUCUAUCCCCUCGGGGGCGUCGUUGUGUCUGGUUUUGGUUCUCUGCUAAAGGAGACCGGUGGCCACACCGCACAGCCUAACCCUCCCCCGUUACAUAUCAACAUCCCCGUUCACGUCAAAGAUAGCACCCUGCUGCUGCCAGGAACAGCUGAUGGGCAAGUGUACACCCAGUCCCAGCGUCUAGACCACGCUAUGCCGUUCGACGAGAUUGCCUCGUUGAAGACGUCAUGGCUCUCGACAUGGAAGCAGAAAUGGGGGGCCAAUAUUGAGGUGCCCAUUAUGAUUGCUCUGGCAGAGAGAGACCAUUAUUGGGACGCGACAAAUGAGCAUCUACAGGACUUUGCUGCGAGUUUCCCCAGGAGUACCAGGAUCGAUACGAGCAUCAUCAGGGCGGCACCGCAUAAUCUGGAGCUAAGUUACUGGGCCGCUGGUUGGUAUGCUCGAAGCUUUGGGUUUGCCGUUGAGUGUGCAACGUCACUUGCAUUGGCGGAAUGAUGUUACAAUCUGUUAAAGUAUGUGCGACAGAUAUUGGCGGCCUUAUGCAAACUAGUGUUGGGGUGUUAUUAUAUGUUAUUUAAAUCUCAAGCCUGUAGUUGAUACUAAAUACUUUGAGUUUAUAUAACGUGUUGAAGGCCUCUCUAUUAUUCCAUUCUAACUUAAUAAGA